AUGCCACCUAAAAGGAGGAAACUUUUGGGACGGCGCACGGCAGCUGCUAGAGCAGCGAGGGCGAGUGAAACCCCUGAACAGACUUCUUUGUGUCUAUCACGGAUGGACUCGAGCUCAGAUCCUCGAUUAUCUACGGAAAGCGCUGCUGCGCGGACUGAAAGCCCUGCACAUACCACUGUUCGUCGCGUUAGAAAUGCCCGCUCCACGGCAUCUGCUAGAGCCCUAGAAACCCCUGCGCAGACCACUGUUCGUCGUGUUGGAAACACCCGCUUUACUGUAUCUGCUAGAGUCCUAGAAAACCCUGCACAAACCACCUUUCGCAGCGUUAGAAAUGCUCGCUCUACUGCGAGAGGCGUACAAAUAGGGGUCAAGAAUAAAGUUUGCACUUUUUGCAACGCAAAAAAGUGGGCUGGUGAGCAACCUGGGCGUUGUUGCUCUGGGGGCAAAAUCAAACUCCCUUCUUUAGACGAACCUCCACAGCCGCUUAGGGACCUCCUUCUGGGUACAACUUCGAACUCAACGCAUUUUCUUGAAGCAAUACGGAAGUACAACUGUUGCUUCCAGAUGACGUCUUUUGGUGCGAAGGCUAUUAGUGAGGGGGGAUGGAUACCUACUUUCAAAGUGCAAGGCCAUGUUUACCACUUAAUGGGAUCACUUUUGGCUGAUCAGGGAGAGCCACCUCAGUUCCUACAAAUUUACUUUCUCGCUGACUACAACGAGCAGGGUGAUGCGCAUUUCAGCAUUCUGCCUAGCGAUUUUUCCGUCGGUCCCCGUAGAGACAUUCUGUUCAGUCUACAAGACACGCUUCACGAAACUAACAGUUACAUCCGAAGCUUAAAGUUUGCGUUGCAAAAAAACUCUUCUCCCUCUUUCAGCGUUGUCAACGAUGCAGACAGACGGCCUGACGGUGAGCAUGAGCGUCGCUUCAAUGCUCCUGCAUGUAAUGAUGUCGCUGAAGUCAUCCAGGGCAAGGAGCAUAACAGCCGUGACAUUGUCAUAAGUUACAGGGGCGGUGGUCUGCGCCGCAUCAGUGAAACCCACCGUUCAUACGACUGUCUCCAGUACCCACUUCUUUUUCCAUACGGAAGCGAUGGGUACCACUUCAAAAUCCCAAUAUGCCAGGCAAGCAGCGAUUCCAUGUCGACCUCAAAGACGGUCUCCUGUAGGGCUUACUACGCCUACAUAUUUAUGGUUAGGGAGGGUGAAUUUAACCACUUGCACAGGUGCCGUCAACUAUUUCUUCAAUUCGCUGUUGACAUGGCUGCAAAAAUAGAGUCGGAGAAGUUAGGAUUCAUCAAGUUAAACCAAUCCAAACUUAGAACCGACUCCUGCAUUCACCUUCGUGAUGGUCUGCGUUCUGAUGGUGACCCAUGCAAUCUCGACAAACCGUGCAUUUUGCCUUCCUCUUACACUGAUGGCCCUCUAUACAUGCAUGAAAAGACAAAAGAUACAAUGACCUAUGCCCCUCUUUACGAGAGGCCAGAUUUCUUCGUCACGUUCACGUGCAAUCCGAAAUGGGCUGAAAUCACACGCGAAUUUUUUCCACGUCAGCAGUACUCACACCGCUCUGACCUAAUUGCCCGCGUUUUCCGGUUACAGCUGUGUAAGCUUAUGGAUUUAAUCCUUAAAGGGCAAGUCUUCUGA